GGAGUAAUUGAGGUGUCUGUAAAAUGUAAUUAACAAUACCUGAGCUGGUUUGAUUUCCUGAAAUAGCCCAGUGAUGUUCUUCCUGGAAGUGGAUUUUAUUGACCUAGAUGGGAGGUGUUGACAACAGCAGUGUAAUGCUAAUACUAGAAGCAUAUGUUUCAGAAUUGUUUAUUUAACUAGGAUUUCGUCAGAAAGUGUGUUUCCUGUUCUUCCUUUCUCUUACACACUGCAGACAAAUUUUCCCUCAAAGCUACCAAGGAAUGCCAAAAUUGUGAGAGCUGUUGUUUUUCACACUUCUGUAGUGAAGUCAGGCAAUCUUUGAUGGUUUAAUUUUUCAUAAUAUUAGAAAAUUCUUCAGAUAAAGGAGGAUGCUCUUCUAAUAUGAUUACCCAGUUUUAACAUUGUACACGUGUAACAAGUGCAGUCGAGUGGGGAAAAAAAAAACCAACAAACCCCAAAUCCCUGAAGCUGAGUUAAACAUCUGUGAAGUUAAAACUCAGCUGUGGCCUAAUCUGAAGUUCCUUGUUGUUUUGAUGUAUUUUUGUUUUAAGCUGUGACAUCCUCUUACCUUUACAAGUACAGUGAUAUUAAAUAUUUAUGACUAUUUCACUUCUCCAAGUUCAAUUAGUGUAGAUGUAUCCUGGUGUUUUGAAAGGCAGUUACUAAUUACUGUCUGUUAUGAGAGAGAUUUGACCUAGUCCCUUGGGUUCUUUCCUGUGAAAGCUGUCUCAUUUAUUUUGGGAUAAGGUGGCUAAAAUGAUUCUUGGCAUGUGUUGUUUAACAUGUGUAUAUUUCAUUGUGAACAGUAAUUGUUACACCCUUCAGAACACAAUUUUCAGUUUUAAGGUGAAGUUUCUAGUUUAAAAGCUUAUUUUUUUAAGGACUUCCUCUUAGUGGUACCUAAGAGGAUUAAAAAUCUCUACAAGAUUUUCAAUUUUCAUGCUGAAGCAGAUAUGAGGCAGAACUUCUUUAUUCUCACAGAAAACUUAGAAAUUUAAAAUGUUGCAUCACAAAAGAAGACUGUGAUAUAGCCAUUUAUGAAGUCACUGAACAUUGAUAUUUAACUUUGAAUUGUCUCAGGGAGUUUAAAUAGUUUUAAAACAUUUUGAUUACAGAUGUGUGACUUCUCUUACCAAAUUCUGAAAUGCUGUGUCUUUUGAGUUCACCAUUCAGUAUUCCUCUGUGAAGGAAAGCCCUUUAAAGGCAAAUCUGCUGAAUCCAGAAGUUGUUCUUUAUGAAGUAAUUAAUUUUAUAAUUAAGUCACAAUCUUGUCUUUCUAUGAGCCAUGCAGUUGACUGGACAUUUCAAAGCUGAUUGUAGCUGGCAGCUUGUGGCUGACCUUCUCCUUGCAUACUUACGAAACAUAAACAGGAUGAUUAAUUGUGUUUCAAUUUUUUAGUUUAUUUUUCCUUGCAUUGGUUGUUUUUUCUGUUAGGCAUUUUCCCCACCUCUUGACAAAGUUUUUACAGUUGGCUCCUGUUUCCCUUGCCCUCCUCUUUUGCCCUAAAAGCAGUUUCUGCUUUACCUGCACGAGCUUUGUAUCCUGAGCCUGUGUCUUCACAGACCAGUGGUGUGGGCCUGCUGAGGCUUAUCUUUGCUGUGGAAUGCUUUGUGCUUGGGCUCUGAAACCCUUCGUGUUUCAAGUGGUUUUGACAUUGGUCUAGCUCUAAUCUGAACAUGUAGGCUGAAUGCACAAUUUUUUUUUUUUUUUUUUCUGGAGUGUACUUGGUUUUGCAUAAUCAAAAAUUCAGGGUAGUUAUGUCUGUUUUAGGGGGAGCAAGGGCACAGGGAGAUUCUUUUCCUCUAAAUUCAAAUUACAGCUAUAAGAAAACACAGUAAAACAUUUCAUUUUAAUUGAUAUUUACUAAAAUAUUUACUUUAUUACAUGAUUUUUUUAGUAAUGUGAAGACCUAAUAUUUUAUGGCUGCCAAGUGAGUGAGGGGGUUUGUCACAGUAAAAAUAAGUUUAAAUGCCUUUACUUGCUUAGUAGGAAACAAAUUCCAAGGAUAUUUAGUUCAGACAUUUAUCUUGAGUAGGUGACAAAAAUGCAGGCACGUGGCAGCCUGGAUGCAAGACAAAUGUCUGUUUCAAGUCUGUUCUGGAAAUUUGUACAUUUUCAAGUAGGUGGCAUGUUUUCCAAAAAAAAGAAAAAAGAAAAAAGUGCUUCAUUGUUUCAAGCCUCAUUAGACUUAAUAAACAGAGUAGAGGCUGAGGAGGAAUGUUCAAACAGCUGAAAGCUCUAUAUGUUGUGAGGGAGUUGCAUUAAGGAGGCUCUCAAAUAACUACUGUUCUCUUGCUGGGACUUUUCCCUUUGACUCAAACACACAAUGUGUUUUGGCUGACAUUUUUGGUUGCUCCCAGGAAUGGAAAUGGUUUGUGAUAACUAGCACUGCUGUAGUCAUGAUGGAAAGCAUUCCCAGUCCUGUUCCAUGGUGUGUUCCUGGCUACGUGCUGCAUGAGGCUUUCUUUUCUUAGGUGCAUAGGUGUUGAAAAUUGGGAAUUUAAGGGUAUCAAAAGCAGAGAUGGGAACUAUAAAAUGCAAGACUGAGAAUUUGUGCAACAUAGUGUGGCAAGAUUUUGACAUUUCCUCAUAACUUGUAUUUAAAGGAUGUUCCAUUUUAAAUUCUAAGAGUUUUUGUGUCAACUGUUUUGUGAAAACUGUAACUCUGCAUGUGGUACAAGAAAAGCCAGAGGUCUGGGCAGAAGAUUAUAAGACUAUUGGGGGAUGUUGGUGUACCUGAUAUCAGAGCUAGUGUGUGUGGAAAAACAGAAUGACAUUGAUUAAACUUUGGGUUAACUAUAUUUUUUUGGUAAUGUUGACUUUAAAAUCAGACACUAACAAUGUAAUUACCUGCAAUGGCCAAUUUGCAGUUUAACAAGUUGUUUCAUUUGAGCUUUGUGAGGCUACAGCUGUGCUCUCUGCAGUUAAAUUGUGAUCAUUAGACACUGGUUUCAGAAGGCACCAGUGUGGGAAGUUCCAUGUUCGAGAGGCCUGAAUUUCCAAAACUUGUAUGGUUUUGAAAUUGAACAAAAGACUGGAAAUUGGAAUAAUCUUCACAUUUCUUUGAGUAAGAAGUAACUAUGGAACGCAGGCAAAGAGGAGUCAGUGCUGGACUGCUUUUGCUGCUUUAUCAAAUUUCUCAAGUUGGACUCCAGAACAUUCCUGCUGUUACCCUUGGGGUACUUGUACUGAAUAUUUUUCUCUUUCUGAAUCCUUUGAGGCCACUGUCUGAAGCAUGUCUCAGUGUAAAUGAAGCUGUCCACAGAAGGAACUGGCAGCGUUUGCUGCUUGCUCCUUUCCACCAUGCAGAUGAUUGGCAUUUGUAUUAUAACAUGAUUUCCAUGCUUUGGAAGGGCAUAAUGCUGGAAAGAAAGCUGAAGAGCAUAUGGUUUGCCUACAUAAUUGCAGUAUUUUCAGUGCUGAUUGGAGUAGUUUACAUGGUGCUGGAACUCCUGCUUGUGGUAAUUCUGGAUGAUCCUUCCUAUGAAAUGAAUUGUGGCGUGGGUUUUUCAGGAGUCUUAUUUGCUUUGAAAGUUCUGAACAACCAUUAUAACCCAGGAAGAGUGAGCAGUGUCUUUGGAUUGCCCAUAGCCAGUAAAUAUGCUUGUUGGGUGGAGCUGGUGGCUAUUCAUUUAAUCUCCCCAGGGACUUCUUUCGCUGGGCAUCUGUCAGGGAUUCUUGUUGGAUUGAUGUACACCAUGGGACCUCUGAAAAAGAUCAUGCAAGCCUGUGCAGCUGGCAUUUCUUUCUUCACUGAGCCUGACAGGCCAAGAGAUUACUAUUCAGAAUAUUAUGGCUAUUAUCCAGAUUAUCAAUACAGAACUCCAAGGAGCUACUUUGAUUAUACAGGUGGGCUCACUGAAGAAGAACAGCUUGAAAGGGCAGUGCUAAACAGUCUUAAUGAAAGAGAUUUUGGUGGAGGAACACGCAAUUAUGGGCAGCGACCUUAUGGGUUUUGGUUCCCACCUGAGAACUCAGAAGAGGACAUGAGAAGGAGAAGGCUUCGUAGGUUUGACAGAUGAUGAAGUUGGCAGGUGUUGAUGUAAAGUGCUAUUCAGACUUACCAAAAUAUGUACAGAUUUAUUUGUAAUCUGUAAUUUACAGAAUAAUUUAUAAUCUUUUUCCAUUAUUUUUACUACUUGUUGCAAAACUGAAUAGGAUUUUGUGAGUUCAGACUCAAAGUUGGAACUUGAAUAAGAAAUGUGAGAUAAGAAGCAAAAUGUGAUCUUUGGCUGUCUCCAUCUUAAUGCACCUUAAAUGGAAGAAGGCUGAUGGUUUUUCAAAAAGUCUUUUUUCUCUUAAAUUAUUUUGUAUAGCUUUAAGAAUUCCUUGGCUUCUUGACUGCUGAUGUUCUCAGACAACAGGUUUUCUUCCUCCUUUGCAACUGAAAUGUUGCAUUUUCUAUGCAACUUUAAACCAUGCAAUUUUUUCUUGCAACCCUUUCUCAGAUAUCUGUGAUGACCAGCUCAUUUUUUGGGACUGCCAUGUGGAAUGACACUUGAAAAGUUUGCUUUGAUGACAGUGGCUGGGUCAUGUGAAUCUAGGCUUAAGCUCUUGAGCAGACAAAUAGUUGCAGCUAUCCUUCCCCUGCUGUCCUUACCAAGGAAUUAUUUAAUACAAACUUCAGUGUUGCAGUCUUCCUCACACCAUAUUAUCUAGAGCUUGGAUGAGAUAAAACUGAGUUGUUACUACUUAUGUUUUCUAAAGCCUUUCUUAAUAUUUAUGUUCUAAAUCAAAAAAUGCUGCCCUUUACAUAGCUGAAAUAAUUUGUUAGGAGUUUUUUGCAAAGAUAUGUGGCUAUGCCAUACAAAGCAUAUAUUUAUUUAGUAAUAUACUUCUUUUAAAGCAUCUAUUUCCCUUUCUAAGAAGCUUGGAAAUUUUAUUUUGUAUAUGCUGUUCAUGCAAGUUUAAAAAUUCCAUUAUUUCUCAAUAUUUAUAUUGUUUGAAGACCAAUCUGAGACCUGAGAGUUUGUAGACUUGUGAAAAUCAUACCUAAACAGCAGCUACCUUGAAUUCUUCAUUUUUGAGGAUUUCCUUACCCAGCCAGAGGAGACCUGAGAGCUCAGUUGUCCCUCUGGGCACACCCUCCACACAAGGCUGUCCUGCCUGUGGCACUGCUGCCUCUUAAUGUUAACUGAUGAACCUCGAGGGCUUUGGUUCCAGUAUUGCCCUGAAAAUCACUCCUUGUCCAGGCAUUUUAUCCUCAGAAUGAAAGAACUUGGGGAUGUUCCUCUAAAACUAUUGCAGAGAGGUGUGAUUGCAGAAGAAUAAUUUGGUUAUUGGCUUUUGACACAGACUGUUGGAAUCUCCUCAUCAGCACUGAUGGAGUAGAGGAUUAGGAUAAGCAGUUUAAGGGUUUCACCAACCUGUGCUUUAUGAAGUCUACUUUUCUAUGAGGUUAUUUUUUGAAUAUAAAAAAACAGUGCUGCAUAUUUCAUACAGAAAAAUAUCCUGAAAGGAAAUUUUUUACUGUGUUCUUUAAAUAAAUAGUACCUGCCCUUUCUGUGUGUAGCUAAUGUAUGUAAGGGAAGCUCUUGUUUGCUGGGAAAAGCACAAUAUCAGGAUGCAGGGCUUUGGGCUCGGGGUUUUGGGACACAACAGGCACAACUGCAAUGUCACUCCAGCUACAGACAGAAUGCUGAUUUCUGGUGUGUUCUUGGGCUUGGUUGGUUUUGUAUAUAUGCAAUAGCCAUAGAAUAAAACAGCAGACACUUUGAUAGAAGGCCAGCUUUUUUAUGUUCAUUGAAAAUAUGUCUCAAAAACCUGUAUAUUUUUGUCAGCAAGUAAUAAUUGGAUGUAAAUGAGAAGGAUGUACCAUUGGUUCCUCAGAAAUCCUUUAAUGCUCUGGUCAAAAGUUGCAGUGUAACAUACUCUGUGUGCUAAACUCUGAUAUUUUUCUCAUUUAAAAGCACAGGAUGUGCUGCUAGUCAGGUAAAAAAGAUACUUAAGGAAAAUCAAAAACCCAAUUACAAUUCUGUAAGCACUUGGUUUUGUAAAGUGAGCUUAGACAUACAUGCCAUUAAAUAUUCACAAAAAUUGUCAGUACUAAUAAAUGUUCAGUUGUUUUGACAUUUUUUGUAUACAGAAUUGAAAUAAAUAUUUUUUUAACAUUUAAA